AUGCCAGUCAUGGUGCUCCCCAAUGGCCUUCGCAAGCACCUCAGCCGUACCGCAGCACCCGAUAUUGUCUCUCCACACGACAUGUCACCCCUAGAGGACACCGACAGCGACAACGCCCUUGAUCAUGUUCAGAACGGCAAGGCUCAUUUUCUCGACAAGAAAAUAGUUUCCUCGCCCUCGGGUGAGGGGUCAGACAGCGGAAGCAGGAGUGGGAGUGAGACAGAGUCGGAAGAGGAGGCGAGCGAGAAGGACGAGGCUGAGGGUGCAUCCUCGCCUACACCUACCCCGACUUCUCAUCCCCUUCCACCUGAGGAACUUGUCACUGGGCAGAGCGUCCGGAAAGGAUGGUACGAGUUCGACCUCUCGGUCAUCGUUGCCCUCGUGUCCCCUAUCGGCAACUGGCUCACUGGAGGAGAUCACGUCAAGAACUUGCUCUUGCUUUUGAUGCUUAUAUUCUACCUCCAUCAGAUCAUUGAAGUCCCUUGGAGUCUAUACCACGCAUCACGCCCCCGGCGACGAGCCCCUGGCCCACCACCCAAAGACGCAUCCGCUGAAGACCGCUACCGCUAUUUCGCAUCCUCAGAACUUCACAAACUCGAAACCUUCUACCUGAUCCUUACCGUUCUCUCCCCCUUUGGCGGCGUCUUCCUCCUGCGCUCAGUCGUUCUCAAUCUUGCAGGUGACCAUAGCAUCUCCUGGUUCAGCACCACUCUUUUUGUGCUCGCCACCGGAAUGCGCCCCUGGAAGCACGCCAUCGAGCGCCUCCGCCAGCGCACCUCAGACCUGCACGACAUCGUACACAAUACCCGAGUGCCUGAAGACGACAUGCAGAAAACGCUCGACGCGCUCGCCGCGCGCGUCGCGGUGCUCGAGACACAGCUCGAGCUCAGCCGCAAGGCGCAGAUGGGGCUCAGCGACGACAUGUACUCACACCUGGACGACACGCUCUCCGUCGUGGAGCGCAGCGCGCGCAAGCAGGACCGGCGGGUCGACAUGCUGCGUGCGGCGCACGAGACGCGAUUCGCGAAGCUCGAAGCGGGCGUCGAAGAGCUGCUCGAGCGCAAGGAGAUAUCCGCCAACGGUCAUUUCAUGCCCGGCUCCCUGCUGGUGUCGACCGGCUCCUCCAUGGCAGAGUCACCGCUGGUCGCGGCGCUCCGGGAGCAGCUGAGCCCGAUUCUGCCUGCGUGGGCGGUCGGCGGCGGGAAGAAGGACUGUUCGCCGCGGACGUCGCCGAGGAGCCCGAGGAGCCCCAAGACGAUGCGCGCGCGGACGCUGCCGACGCUCGAGACGAUCCCGGAGCGCGAGGUGUUCCGCGGGAAGGCGGAUGGAAAGGCUAAGGGGGGCUCGCGAUGGAUUAUUCCGAUUCCCGGGCUGGGCUUGGUUCUGCGCAUGGGCGAUCUGGCCACGCUGCCGAUUCGGGCUGUUGUUAACUUUUUGCUUUCGGGGAGGAUAUGGUCGCCCAAGUGA